UUGAGUCUCGCUUGUCGCCCAAGCUUUGUUCAUCCUCUUCCCCAUGUUUUUCAUCAGGGUAUUCGUAUCUGAGACAAAAUUCAUCGCACCAGAUUUCCGAGUGAGCAGCCCGAUUGGCGGUGCUGGGUUGGGGAUGCACAAGAGAUCGCCAUGAAAGGGAAGUGGCCCAUUAGAAGGCGCACCCACUUCGGCACCGCCCGGCAUCCCCGCCCUUGGUACUAGUGUAUACUGUGUUGGGCCUGGAUUUCGGAGCAAGGCAGAUACUGUGUAGAUGAGUGAGAAGCCACAACAAUAAAAGACAAUACAGAUCUGUAUUCAACUACUUACCCACGGCCGUGCCCAGAAUGCCCGGCUCUAAUACCGCAGUGCUUGACUACACGGCGCUUCCCAAGAUCGAGCUCCAUGCCCACCUCAGCGGUAGCAUCAGCCGACAAUGCCUCCACGAAGUCUGGCUCACCAAGAAAGCCGCGGGCGAAACAAACCUGCAAGACCCUCUUGUUGAGAUGCCCCCGGAGAAACAUGACUAUGACCUAAAGACCAAAACAGCAAAGCUAAGAACCAACCAAACCCCCACCAGCUUCUUCCCCCUCUUCUCCUCCUACAUCUACAACCUCGUCAACGACGCCGCCGCCCUGCGCCACACCACCCUCGCCGUGCUCCGCGACUUUGCCGCCGACGGCGUCGUCUACCUCGAGCUGCGCACCACCCCGCGCGCCAUGCCCGCCGCGGGGCUGACCGAGGCCGGCUACGUGCAGACCAUUCUCGACGCCAUCGCCGAGUAUGAGAGUGGGUCUCAGUCUGAGGGCGGCGUGGUAGGGGAGGCGGCGGGUGAGGUGGGAUUGCGGACGAAGCUGAUUCUCUCGGUCGACCGUCGGCACUCCCCCGCGCAAGCGGCGCGGGUCCUAGCGCUGGCCCGGCAGUUCCUCGGCCGCGGCGUCGUGGGGAUCGACCUCUGCGGGGACCCCGCGACGCCCGUCAACCCGGCGCUGUCGCCCGUCUUCGAGGAAGCGCGGCGGGUGCCGGGGCUGGGCAUGACGUUGCACUUUGCCGAGGCCGAGUGCUCGGCGAGCGACGCCGAGUUGGAUAUGCUGUUGGGGUGGCGGCCGGAUCGGAUCGGGCACGUCAUCUGUGUUAGUGAGCGGGUGAGGCAGGAGAUUUUGAAGAGGCCGGGGAUUGGGUUGGAGUUGUGUCUAAGCUGUAAUGUGCAUGCUGGGAUGGUGUGCGGUGGGUUUGAGGGCCACCACUUCGGAGACUGGUGGAAGAUCCAGGAGACGGUGGUGGCAUUGAGCACGGACGACGUAGGCGUCUUUGAAAGCCCACUGUCUAAUGAGUAUGCCCUCGUGGCCCAGCACUUCGGGCUUAGCAGGGCCCAGAUCUGUGCGCUGGUGAUAAGGGGGGUUGAUAUCAUCUUCGGAGGUGAAGAGGAGAAGAGGCGACUGAGGGACAUUCUAUGGAAGGAGUAGGAGAGGGUAUGCUGCUUGUAGGUAUGGAUAUCAACUAAGGCUAGCCUCCGAUGUAGACCUUUUAUAUGGUGCCAGUAACCUGACCUGAAGACGCAACGAAACUUAGUGUGGUUGGAGCAGGAACUGAAACCAGAA